AUGCUGGCGGGGAUUAAUGGGGUGGAAGUGGCGCAGUCGCUGGUUAUUGCAUGCCUGCUGCUCGCCAACGAUGCGCUGUACCUGUCGCCGUUCACGCCAUACCCGCAUCCGGCGAUGGACUCGCAUCUCUUCUCGAUGCAUGGUGUUUGCCGUCGUGGGGAUCCUGGGGCAUUUCAGCAAGACGCUACUGCUGCUGUUCAUCCCGCAGAUGGUCAACUUUCUGUACUCGUGCCCGCAGCUGUUCCACAUCAUCCCGUGUCCGCGCCACCGACUGCCCAAGUUCAACGCGUCGACGGGGUUGUUGGAGAACUCAGUGACGGAGUGGACGGUGCCUCCGUCGCCGCUGGUGUCGGCGGUGCUCAAAGCCCUGCACCGGCUGCGCCUGGUGGGGAUCAAGACCAACGAGAAAGGCGAGAUCGUCGAGUCGACGAACCUGACGCUGCUGAACUUGUGGCUGCUGUGGAUGGGGCCGAUGAAGGAGAACCGGUUGGCGGUGCAUAUUGUCUUGUUGCAGACGGUGUGCGGGCUGCUUGCGCUGUUUGUGCGGCAUCGCAUGGCGCUGUUGGUAUUUCCGGCUGA